AUGGCCAUCCAAGGGAUCAACCGACCCAUUCCUGGGGAGGUCACCAUUGCGUCUUCGGCCGCCGGCGCCCCUCGACUUGACUUUCCUCGCUUCAGUUUCUUCGGUCAGGAUCAGGACGACGCCGAGAAGUCUGCUCUUCCCCGAACCAAAUCCUCCGGUGAUAUUGUCAACAUGACGAUCAACAGUGCAGAAGAGGAUGAAGACAAUGCCAGCCAGCGGAUCUCUCUCGACGAAGGCAGUCGCAUUCGCGCCAGAGACAACGGCGAGAGGUCAGACAUCAGCGAGCUCAUCCAGUUCCUCCGCACAGAAUCACCACCGCCGCACAACUACCUCGCCUCAGCCUUUGAUGACGAUGCCGACAUGGUCGAGGACAUCGGGAAAUGGCGCCAGCUUCACUCGACCAAGGACGGCCCUGCCAGACUCGGCCGUGGCCUCCAAGACCUCCAGCGGCCACUCACAUAUUGCCAUCUCUAUCCCCAUGGAGCACUGCCACCUGGGACCCGAUUCGGACUGGGCCGUCACAGCUUUCAACGCUACAAAACCGCUCCCGCCGUCGCCUCCGCCCGACCCGCGAACGUCAUCGGGAUCACAAGAUCGCUCUUUACGACCCCGCCACGAGCAUGGCUCAGUCAGUGCGCCCGGUACCGCACACGGAGACUCGGAGUGGCUUUCCAUGAUGAAGGCCUCCAAGAAGAACGCAAUGCCCAAGAUGGAACCCAAGAGUUUCGAUUCAUCAGUUCUACUCUGGCAGCGCGACAUUCCUCUGAGCCCUCCACGAUCGCCUCCAAGUACAGCGUCUGGCAGCACCAAAGGCCGGUCUCCGAGCACGCCGGCCCAGUCGCACAGGGCACCCAUGCCCAUGGACCCCAACGACCAUGUCGAGGUCCCGAGAUCAUCGACGUCGAGCCCAAAGACGCCAGAAACCAUUAUGGAAGAUCGCCUUCGGAAGGUUCACGUCUCGUGGUUGACCACGUCGAACAUGCUGCAAUCUGCCCCUGGCCCGCCGCCAAGAUCCGCCUCCAGCGCCUCACCCAGGCGGUCGCAGCGCCCGAUGAAAUCAAGCUGCCGACCCGCAAGUCGAGCCUCAGAACGCCCAUAGCCGCAGCUAUGAGCAGCCAGAAUCAAUGGUCUAUCGACGGCAUGCUGGAGACCCAACAAAGACAGACGGAAAGGCUCAGCGCUCCGAUCGAGCUUCCCGAGCUCAGUCCGAGCACCCUCUCCUUCUCGGAGCAAUCAAUCGCCACGAGCAUUGUGUCAGAGGGGUCUGAGCCCGUUGUACAGAACGCCAGGGAAGUACGAGGUUACUCGAACGCAUCAGUCGUCCUACAGACAACGCCCGGUGCCACGCCCCGCGCGUCACUCAUUCAGCUUCCUGCAUCCAAAUACUCGCCCCCUGUCGCAGCAGCCUCACCCCCCUAUAAGGCGGCACGCAGGGCGCCUGCCAAGAUGAACACCCGCAGGCAGAGUCGCGCCGAGCGUGUCAAAUCGCUGAAGCAGCGUGACAUGGAGCUGGCCCGCGCACAGCUGAGCCACAUCCGGCAGGCCUCUGGCUCUACGCAGAGCAGCGACAAGCCCCGGACCGCGGGCACGUCCAUCAGCUCCCUGCGGCUUCCCUCUCGCGAAGGGCCGCUCCGGGACGGGCCUCUGCUGUCCGACUUUACCAAUCAGUUCCCACGUCCGCCCACUGCGGAUCGCGCACCAGAGCAUAUUGCUUACAGCCUGAGCCGUGAACAAGAGUCCCUCAAGCGCUCAGAAUCCACAAGCCUUUCGCCCCAGCCCGAGGCUGAGACUGAAGCUGACGCCGGGGCUGAGGUUGACGCCGAGGUAGGAUCGCUUGGCCAGAGGGAUAGCACGAUGAGCUUCGAGCCGCCUCGCCGGUACAACAGCUAUCAGCGCACCAGCUGGGCAAGCUCGAUUCCUCUACUCGACCGCAUCAGCAGCUACGCGCCGUCGGAAGCGAGUUUUAUGAACAUUCUAGACUCGGUCAGCAGCGACUCUAACCCUCACCGGCGAUCAGACUCGGCGACGCUGCCUCGAAUCGAGCAAGAGCGUCUUGCUCCUUCGCGGCUGAGCUACAUGGUGCCCGUCCCUGACAUGGAGCUGGCAGAGGAUGCCGAUCAAGUCACAGAGUCGGCAGCCGACACGGGUGCGUCAUCCGAACCGCCCGUGCUGCAGCCCAUCUCGAGGCUCAGUGCCAUGUUGCCCAUGUCGGAAAGCCAGCCGCUGAGUGUCUAUGUGGAACGCUGGUCCGCUUCGACGUUGACCUCGCGGACCGAUGACGUGAUCAUCUCCUUCACGCCCACUUCGGAAGAUAACAGACGAGCAGGUGAAGCCGUGCCGAGGUGGAACGUUCAGGACGAGAACCACAACGAGCCCCAGCUCAUCGCUCAAUCAAGCUCGCUGGUUCCGACUCGAGACCGAGGCGGGGGGCUUCGGGCCAGUGGCCGGGACACCAACAGCUCCAACCGCGGGGCGUAUCGCGAGUCUGAUACGCUGUUUGAGGUGGACGCCUACCACGGGGACCAUCUCGUCUCCCAGCGAGGCCCGCACGCUCUCCUUCGCAUGUCCUCGUCGGAGCUGCGUGCCCACUAUGCCUCGCUCCGCCGCUCGGAGCGGACGUCGGACCUGGCACACCACAUGCUCCUCAACCAGGAGAGGCUGGAGCUCGACAUACGGCGCCAGGAACGCAAUCAAAUGUUUUUCAUCGGCAGGCUCGAACGCGCGCUGGACGAUCUCGGUACCCGGAUGCCGUCGAGGGCCUCCGGUCUUGUCGGCACGUCGUCUGCUUGGAGUGAAGGCGAGGUGGAACAGGAGGCGCGAGCCUUGAUGGGUGAGCGCACCACGCCCAGAAGGGCAAGGAUGAGGAGGACUUCGAAGCCGGUCGACGAGGGCGUGACCGCAGUCGAGUGCGAGCGUGGCAGACGCCGCGGCGGAGAGACGAGACCCCGGACGGCAGUGAACACGAGCGGUAGCCAGCAACAGCGCAGCGCGGCCGCGACCAACACUGGUGGUCUCGAUGCCAUGGAGCCACUGAUGCGCGAGCUGCACGGCGCGGCCCGCGUCAGCCUCGAGCAAUCGGACCGUGGCCGGUCGCGGACGCUGGAGUCUUCGACGACAACAACAGAGGAAAGGGCUCUCAAUGCGUACCUCAACAUGUUUUGA